GAAAAAAUCAAACAAUUUUCAAUGGCUUCUACUCCUGCUUCUAACAUUUCCACUCCCAAAUUAAAAAAGCGAAUACCAAAAAACCCUAAGAAUAAUAGUAAUAAACACUCAUCAUCUCCAUCUUCUUUUUUACAGACUUUAUCUUCAAUUGAACCACCACCUAACUUAUUUCCGUCGGAAUUUUUCAAACUCAUCGCCGUCGUCUCUAUCGCCGUCUCCGUCGCUAUUGGCUGCAAUUAUGCUGUCAAUUACUUCAUCCGUCCCCCGAAUCCUUUCUGCGAUAACGAUAUCGAAUUCGAUUAUCAUAAUUCCGAUGUUUGUGAUCCUUGUCCAAACCAUGGGAUAUGUAGCGAAGGCAAGAUGGAAUGCAUGAGUGGUUAUAGAAGACAUGGGAGAUUAUGUCUAGAAGAUGGUUAUUUUAAUGAAUUGGUUAAAAAUCUCGCAAAAAGGGCAGAAGUUCGUGCCUGUGAAUCAUAUUCUCAGUACUUGUGCAAUGGAAUAGGCGAAGUUUGGAUUCAAGGAAAUGCAUUAUGGGAUAAUAUCGAUAAUGACAAUGCUAACUAUUUGUAUGCAAAACAAAAGGCUAUGGAGAUUGUUGGUAGUUCAUUGGAGACCAGGGAUACUAGCAUCGGGAUUAAGGAGUUGAAGUGUCCAGACUCGUUAGUGGUACAUUAUAAGCCACUGAGCUGUUGCAUUCGUCUAUGGCUUAUGGAGCAUGCAUUGUCUCUUGUUCCAUUUUGUGCUUUGCUCGUAGGGUUCGGAUUGUUGCUUCAAAGAGUUAGGCGGAGACAUUACUUAUCAGUUAGAGCUGAAGAGCUUUACGAACAGGUCUGCGACAUGCUUGAGGAGACUGCUUUAGCUUCAGGGAAUGUAAAUGGUGAAGGUGAACCUUGGAUAGUUGCAUCAUGGUUAAGAGAUCAUAUACUUACGCCCAAAGAAAGAAGAGAUCCCAUGUUAUGGAAAAAGGUUGAGGAGUUGGUCCAAGAGGAUUCUCGUUUAGACCGGUACCCAAAAAUAUUGAAGGGUGAACCGAAGGUUGUGUGGGAGUGGCAAGUUGAAGGAGCUUUGAGAUCUUCUGGCAAGAAGAAGACGACUAAUGUAACCAAACAGAGGUUACGUGAAGAAUCAAAGCUGGCCUCUAAUGAAGAUCGUAAGAUAUUGAAGCCUAGGUGGCCUUUCAAGUGCUAACUCUCAUAAGUCUUAACAUGAUCAUUUGUGAUAUACAUCGUCAUUUGUACAUGCUAUAACAUUCUCCAGAACACCAGAGUUCCAUGUACAUUAUGCAUUUGCAGUCUCAUAGUUUUCACUAGGUAAUUGGUGUGCUGAUGGAUGGUUAAAUGGAAUUGAAUCGAGAUUAAUGGCUUGCUUUUUGCUGAAAAAAAGAAUUAAAGUAAUCGCUCGAUAUGUUGUUUCAGUCUUUCAGGUGUUUAAGCGUAUCAAAUAGAACAGUUUAAGUUGACCUGUCUUGUAUUUGAAUCGUGUAAUCACGGGAAAAAUAACGGUUUAAUUGUUGCUAUUUAAGUAGCUAGGUCUAUCA